AUGUCUGCUCAAGCCAUGGCUGAAGACCAGUUACUCGAGCUACUGCUUACCCUGAAGAGGACUACAGCGAACGAGGCGAGGACAAUCCUCAAUAGCCAGCCGCAGAUCGCGUAUGCGCUCAUGGCCGUCAUGGCCGACGUCGGCGCAGUCAAAAUGGAGGUUGUACAGGAAACAAUCGCAAAAUACGGCGCAUUGCCAGGAGCAGCCACCCCUGCACCCGCCGCACCCGCCGCACCCCCGCCUGUCCCACAACCAGCCCCCGCAAUCCCCCCGCAUAUGCAGUCUCAAGGUCCUCCUCGCGGCGGCACGCCUACCUACCCCCCAUACGGCGCGCCACAAGGAUAUCCCCCGCAAACUCCAAGCUAUCCCGGAGGGCAUGGGUAUGGGACCCCUCCGCCAGGGCCGGGAUAUGGCCCUGGGGCACACGGCCACCAGCCCCCGCCGCAUGCUGCCCAUGCGCCGCCUCAUAUGCAGCCGCCUCAACACCCUCAUAUGCACGGUGCGCCGCCGCCUGCAGCGCCUUCGUCUGCUGCACGGUUGCCGGAUGCGUUCGCUGGACUGCCCGAGGAGCAGAAGGCGGUCAUCCUUCGGGUCAUGCAGAUGUCAAGAGAAGAGGUAUAUGCGAUGCCUCCGAGUGAGCGGGAAAACAUCAUUAAGCUGGUUGGUGAUUCCUGUGUUGCCCUUUAA